AUGCAAAACGUAGCUGUAUGCAAUGAACAGGACAUAGAUAAUAUUACUCAUCGAUGUCUUCAGGCCAAUGAUUCCGGAACUCGAAAGCGUGAUGAACCGGAGCAAAACGUUCCUAGUGGCGAAUGCAACCGUCCCGUAAUUGACUGCCGGCGAUAUAAUUUCCCACCCAUGCGAAAAAGAGGUAAAUUCCAGAGUAAUGUAUGCGAAAGCAAUUUUGGCAACGAAGGGGCUUGCUCGAUAAUUAACGCUGAUAAUCAUGGACGACACGAUGCAGUUUAUGCAGUGGGCAUGCCAGUCAAUGUGUAUGUAUCUGGAAACCCGUAUUUAGCGGCAGUAAUAACAAAUAUAAUCGGCGACAAAGUAUAUGUUAAAUAUCCCGGAGGAAUAUACGAUCAGUACGAUUAUUACGUUCCAAAUAAAGAUAUACUGCCUUUUAAAAGUCAGUUUUCAAAUGGACUAUUUUGUCCGAUAAGACCAAUAACCAAAAACGAUCCAAGGAAACAAACUCUCCGAAAUAAAAUCAUGUUAUCCGAAGACCGUAUUCAACGCUAUUUAAAACGUUAA